AGGGGGGGAGGCGGAGGAGAUUAGGGUUGAGGUUGGAAGAUAGGCUCACGUGCUGCGUGGUGGCGCAGAGGGUGAUGAAGGCGAAUCUAGAUUCACUGAAUGUAGACAUGCGGGGGUUCGCGACGCUCGUGUAUCAGAUGGUUCUCGAAGCGCCGAUCGUUCCCGCGCAGAUCGCCCUCUCGUCAGAAACACCCUCGCUACACGCAUCCUCGUUAAAAGCAGCUCCGCCAAAAGCAUCCUCGUCGGAAGCGGACCCGUUAGAAGAAGAGAUCACGCCAGGGGGCGGCGCGAUAUCCUCGUUAGAAGCGGCCCUGGUGUCCGCGCUACAAGAAGUGUUCAUGUCGUCGGGUAACCGCCAGGCCGACAUGACUCGCGUCGCUGCGUUCGUCAAACGGCUCGCCGCUGCCGCCCUGCACUUAAGCGCCGCUGGCGCUGUUGCUGUGCUCCUAGUGGUGCGGCACCUGCUGCUGCGCUACCCCCGCUGCCGCGUCUUGCUGGACAAGGACCCGGAUGACGAUCUGCACGCAUCGGGGGCGGCCUUGGCCCUUACGGCGGCCUAGCUGGGGCGGCCGUGGCCCAUACGGCGGUGGAGCUCGCUACGACCCAGCAGCAUCCGAGCCCGAGCUAUCCGCCGCGCUCACUUCCUUCCUCUGGGAUCUCUCCCUGCUCGCCCGCCACUACCACCCGCACGUCGCCAGCCUGGCGCGCCACAUCAGCACCAUCGCCACGUCACCCGCCUCGGCCACCCCGGGCAGGCCAGCAAAGGGGUCGGCGGAUCCCUAUCUAAAGGGUCAGCCGCAGAAGCAGCAGCAGCAGCAGGAGGCAGGUGGUUCGUCAGGUGCUUUAUCAGGUGCCACUGACCUGCUGCUCCUUGCAGGCACAGUCAACAGCGGCAUGAACAGUGCUACGAACAGUAACAGUGUCGUGAACAGUAGCGUGAGCAACGUGCCUGUGGGGAUCAUAACGCCAUCCCAGGCGUACGCGGCUUAUAGUAGCGCCGUCACCGAGUCGUGCUUCCGGCCACCUGUCGCAACGCCAUUGGCCGUGAAAUCGGGCGCGGCCGGCGCCGCUGCUAGGAGGUGGCGGAAAGAGGUGGUGAUGGGUAGGGUGAGGCGGAAGAGGGGGAGAGAGGAGGGCGGAGGGGGGACGGGAGGGGAGGCAGGAGAGGAGGAGGAAGAGCAGGAGGUAGGGUGGGCACUGGGGGACUGGGCGAGGAGGGUGAGAGUUUCGUGCUGGCAGCAGUGGGGCGCUGCAAUGAAGGGCGGGGUCCCAGGGCGAAACACCAAGGGAGGGAAGAGUAAGAGAGGAAGGAAGGGGAUCACGAAGCAGCAGCCGCAGCAGCAGCAGCAGCAGCAGCAGCAGCAGCAAGAAUCCGGAAAGCGGCAGCAGCGGAAACCAGUGGGGGAUGUGAGUGGGAUGGCACCAAAGCGGGCCAAGAAAGAGGCAGCGGCUGCUUGAGGGGGGAGGCCACCUGAAAAGGCAGCAUGCAGCCUUAUAAUGCCCUUGGCUUGCUUCUUUGCGUCUGCUGCUUACACCGCGGAACACUCUUUUCCGUGUUAUCUGUUCUUUCCGCAUGCAGCGUAAACGACUGUUGCAACAUAUAUUCUCGCUUGGAGCCAGGACAAAACAGAAGCCUUGUCAUUUGCCAACACAUUCAUAAGUACUGCAGCAAGGGUGGUAGGAUGUAUUGGAAGUUUAGUACUAGACCAUUAUGUUGCUAUUUGGUGAGCAGUCGUCUGAAUUUCUCGAAACAAGAAACUGCACACGCAAUGGACAUGCUAUCACUAGAGUGGAAGAAUUU